AUGACAGAAGAACGAGCUCUACGUAUUUUCAACCAAUCCAAGCAAUCCGAAGUACAAAAACUAGCCAACUUGAAAAUGAAGAAAAUCCGUGAGCUGAACACUGAACCGGAUUGGAUUGAAAAUACAACAGAUGUAGAGAUUCCUGACUACCUACAACGGACACUAUUGCUAGGUCCCAAAUACAACAUCCAACCGAAAAAUAAUAUCCCGUAUGUCGCAUUUAUCGCUGAUAUAGAACGAGCAAUCCAAAACAAGCCUGAAGCAGACAACAUCAGAUCCGAGGUAUCCGCAAUGGUAACAAACUUCAUAAAUUAUCAAACUCAACCACGUACCAGCGAAAAGGAAUGGAUCAACAAAGACAUCGCCCGGAGCCGAGCCUUCCUAAAAGAACACGCCGAGCUGAUCAUCACACGAGCGGAUAAAGGCGCCAAAACCGUGAUAAUGCACGCCAACGAAUAUCGCGCCAAAAUGUCAGCUUUGGUAAGUGACACUACAACAUACGUACCACUAACCGAUAACCCUACCGAUCGAACAUUAUCACGAAUUAACGGCAUGCUUAAGGAAUGGCACACGAACAAAUAUAUAGACAAAAGGACACGGGACAAAAUGCUUCUUUUCAAUUGCCCCCCACCACGAAUUUACGGGCUCCCGAAGACGCAUAAAGAAAGCCGACCGCUACGACCUGUGGUCUCAACCGUAGGGUCAGCCUCAUACUACCUAGCUCAAUUUCUUGCUAACAUCUUACAAAAGGUAGUUGGAAAAACCGAAUAUCACGUUCGGAAUAGCUUCGACUUUUCGAAUGAGAUCACCAAAAUUCAAAUCCCCGAGGGAUACGUUAUGUUCUCUCUCGACGUCGUGUCACUGUACACUAACGUACCAGUGCAAAAAACGUACGAAAUAAUCGAAGGAAAAUGGGGAGAAAUCAACCAACACACACAAAUCCCCUGGCUCGAAUUUCUGCGUGCACUUAAAAUCGUACUGGAAGCAUCUUUCUUCCAGUACAACGGCAAGAUGUACAAACAGAUAUUCGGGGUUGGGAUGGGGUCACCUCUCAGUGGAGUUGUAGCGAAUAUUCUCCUCGAACACCUUGAAAAAGAAGUUAUUGCAAAACUGAAAACAAAGGGAAUCAACCUUAUAACGUACAAACGAUAUGUAGACGACUGUUUUCUUAUUGCAGAGGAAAACAAAAUCGAUGAAAUACAGAAUGAAUUUAACCAACCUUUCGACAGCAUUAACUUCACAGUCGAAAGGGAAACAAAUUAUUCUAUACGAUUCCUGGACAUGACCCUAACCAGAAACGGUAAUCAAAUAAAUAAAAAUUGGUUCACCAAACAACUUAAUGGGAGAUACCUAGAUUUUUCAUCCAGCAGCCCGUAUGCGCACAAGAAAAAUACCGCAAUUGCAUUAAUUGACCGCGCACUUAAAUUAACCGACACAAUAGAACGAGAAAAAAGCAUCUUAACUGUCAAAGGAAUUCUCAGAUGCAACAACUAUCCGAAUGACUUCAUUGACAAAAUUUUAAGUGCACGUGUUGAUGCAAUCUACAACUCACUCAAAUACGAGGACAGGGACGUCCAAAUGGGCAGAUACGCAUCCUUGACGUAUAUUCCCCAUCUAAGUGAAAAAGUAACUAAAAUUUUACGAAAAUACGACAUCAUCGCUUCUUCAAAACCGGUCAACAAAAUAAAAAACAGCAUUUUCACCAAACUUAAAGAUGAAAUACCGAAAAUGAAACAAACGCAAGUAGUAUACGCAAUCCCUUGCGAAUGCGGUCGCGUAUAUUGUGGACAAACAUCUCAAACAAUCGAAAAAAGAAUUAAAAACCACAAAUAUAGUUUCAAACCAAACGCAUCGACAACCGGCUUAACGCAACAUGCUGUGGAAAACCACCACACAUUCAACUACGAUGAUGUCAAAAUAUUGGAAAAAGUGAGCGAUGAGGGUAGAAGGAAAAUCGCUGAAACACUCCAUAUAAAAUUGAGAGGAGAGCGAGCAGUAAACAUCCAACGAGAUGCCAUGGAAAUCUCUAGCAUCUAUAACGCUCUAAUAAAAAAGCUGAGAGGGACGCCCCAAUUCAAGAGCACGAUCCAACCGAGCAUCAAACCGACGACGAACCAACCUGAAGCGCACCGAGACGACGGCUGA